AUGAAGAUGGAAGGAUCCGACCGAGAUCGAAACGAAGAUGAUCGGCAUGAAGCUGAACUAAAACCUACUAGACCAACGCUAGCCAUCAUGCUUUUCCCCACCACCAACCUCCAGCUCUUUCAAGCCCCCCUCCUCCAAUUCUGCGCCUACGCCAUACUCGCCCUCACGCUCCUCUUCCUCUUCGUCUUCCGCCGGCCUGCCCACCCCCUCAAAGCGCCAAAGCUGCUCUCCAUCUCUGAAAAUUAUCCAGUUCUGGGUGCCGUGCGCUUCUUCACUGCACGCCUCGAGUUCUUCCGCGAUGGCAUUCGCAACUCGGCGUCGGGGAACUUUUGUUUUUGGCUAGGCCAGCAUUUCAUAGUAGGGUUAUCGGGCGACGAGAGCAGGCAGGUGUUUUUCCAGAACUUAAGUUUCGGUAUUGCAGAGGGCUAUGCCGUCCUCUUCGGAGGGGGUCCACGAGUGAAGAACGACAAGGGCUCCGAUGUAGCCCAAGAGCCAGGCUUCCUAAGCUACUUCGCGCGCCGGGUUACCCAUCUCCUCCGCCGCGAAUAUCUUGCCAAAAAUAUACGCCCUUUUAUCCACGACAUCCAGGCGCGUCUCGACGAACUUCCAUCCCAGACAGGCAUGACUGACCCCUUCGUCUCCAUCUACGAGAUCGUGUUCCAGCUCACUAUGCGCAUGGUCGGCUGCGCCGAGAUCGCCAACGAUACCGCGAGGUUGAGAAAGACGUUGAGACUCUUCGAAACCAUCGAGCAAAGCACCACGCCUACGAGCAUCAUCUUCCCCUGGAUGCCCACACUCGCCCUGUUCAAACGCACGAUAGCAGGCGGCCGGCUGUACCGUCUCUUCAAGGGAAUCAUGGACGACCGCAAGAAAACGGGCCGUCGCGAAGACGACGCGCUGCAGUAUUUGAUGGACAUGGGUGACAACAUCAAAUCCGUUAUCCAGUUCAUCGUCGGCGCUGUCUUCGCCGGGCAACUCAACACCGGCAUCAAUGCCUCGUUCAUGCUCACCUACAUAGGUAGUAGCCGGUACUGGUACGACCGCGUGCGCGCCGAAAUCGAUGCUGUCGUGUACAAGUACGCGCCCGACCGCUCCAUGCCGCUGACGCAGCGGUUCGAGGCCAUCCCGAUCGAGGCCUGGGAGUCUGAAUUCCCGCUGCUGGACUGCUGUCUCAAGGAUAGCAUCCGCCUGCAGCUAUUAGGGACCAUGUAUCGCCGGCAUGUCGGCAUCGGCGAUGUGAAGGUUGGUAAUGAGGUUAUUCCGAGUGGUGCCUUUGUGACGUACCAUUUUUCCGAUGUGCAUCAGGAUCCAAGCAUCUAUUCCGAGCCGCUGAAAUGGGACCCCAGUCGAUAUUUCCCUGAGCGGGCCGAGGACAAGACGAAGCCAUUUUGCUGGUUAGGAUGGGGAGCGGGGAGGCAUCCGUGUCUCGGCACGCGAUUCGCUAAAUUAGAGCAAUUCCUUAUUGUUGCUAUUUUUCUAACCCGAUUUGACUACGACACUUGCGACGAUAAGGGAGUCCCUUAUGAUGCUGUUCCCCCUCCAGAUCUCAACGCACAUGCCGCUACCAAACCAACGGCUUUAAUAAGGUUAAGAUACAGACCGCGGGAAUUAAAGAUGUAA